AUGACUCAUGAAGGAGCGACAAUGGCGAAAUGCAUGGAUUCCGGGCAAUGGAGUCAUCCGAUGCCGCGAUGUCUAGGUUCCUGCAAAGUCCCACGCAUAGAAAAUGGUCGCAUCAAAGGCAAAGUGGAAAACCAGCUGAUUGCUUCAGGUGCCACGGUGGAACUGCUUUGUGACCAACGUCAUGAGGCUAACAUGCAAACGCGAAUGCAAUGUCACAACGGAACAUGGAGUCAUGUGCCAAUCUGCUCACCAUUGAACUGCCACGACUGGCCGCCUCGUGUCGCUCAUGCGCGUGUUUUGUUCUCAAAGUCAUCUCACGGAGCAAUCGCCAAGUAUGAAUGUAAUGGAGGCUAUUAUCCGAAUAAAGAAAAGCAAACUAUCAAGUGUCUUUUUGGACAGUGGACCAGAGAGGGUGGACCAUUAAAGUGCUUACCAACGUGGUGUCAUCAUCCGUCACGGACGUUCGGAACACUUGCCGGUGGUCAAAUUUUGCUGGAGGGUCAGAUGGGUGCUUAUGAGUUUGCCAAGUAUAUCCAGAAAGUCGACGAGGGUCGAUCGAUUGUUUUUCAAUGUCGAAAGGGGAACUACCUUAUAGGUGGUCCCCCGAAGGCGUCGUGCGUUAACGGACAGUGGAUGCCAAAGAUGAAACCAAAAUGCGUCUCACAAACGCAUCCAAUGAUUGAAGGGCGAAUCACGUGGGACAGGAAGAAACGCGAUAUCGGAGGUAUCCACAUUGUAAAAUACCGAUGA